AUGGUUUAUGUUCAUGUUCAAACUUAUGGUUAUGCUCAAUUUUUUGGACUUAAACCACAACUUGUUCAUUGUCCAACCUGCGACCAAAAUACAAAAACUAAACUUAAAUAUGUUGUUAGAUCGGAUGCUUGGUUGAAUUGUAUUUGUAUUGCACUUAUGGGGUUUUUUACUUGCUUAUUCAGUAUUUAUUCUCUUGUCCAUUCUAUUACUAGAGGUGAUACUUCUCUAACCGCUAUAUGUUUUAUUUGUCUUAUUUUUGGGUUUAUUUAUUUAAAAAUUUUAUUAAAAAAAUUUUUUAGGCUUUUGUUUUUCGCCUUUUCGUCAGCUCCAUUUUACUGGAAUCAUUAUAAAAAUGUAGAACAUUAUUGUAGUGCUUGUGAUACUUAUAUUGGCAAACAUGUACGUGACAUUCGAAGACCUAUAGUUAUAUUACCACCAGAAUCAUAUAAAAAUCUACCAAUCAGACAAUAA